AAUCAUAACAUUGAAAAGUGCAAAUCCAGUUUCAUUUUCUCCAACAAAGACAAAACUAGCCGUUACACCCUCCAUUUUAUCUCCCCACCACCAUUACUCUACUCUAGUCUCUAUCUGUUGGAAGUUUCAUUCUCAGCUAUCUUUCUCUCUGUAGAUAUCUCCCUUUCUCUCUCUGUCUCUGUGCACCUUUAAUUUUAAGCAGUAUCAGGAUUAGGGUUUGUCAAUGGCGAAUUUAGCUUCUCCGCAGAACCCGAUUAGUCCCAAUUCAGAUAAGCGUUUCUGGAACACUUUACAUAAAAGGGUUGAAUCGAUUCUUGAAACUCGAAAAACUGAUCUAUCAUGUUCGAUUUCCUCUACGAAUUGUGGAGGACUAAAUCCUAGAGGUAAGAAAUUGAAGGAGGAUUCUAUGCUUUUGAUCAGAGGUUUUGAUUCAGUUGCUUCUUCAUUAUCUACGCUUACAGCCAAUCUGGAAAAUGCCCUUCAGUGAGUUAAGUUGCAGGCUGAGGAGUGAGGAUUACAUCUGAAGAAUAAAAGAGAUAGAGUACGGAAGGAUUUUAAUUUUGAGCUUUAUUAGCUUUUUAGGAAUGGAUUUGUUUAAGAGGCGACUUCGCUUUCGAGAUAUACUCCUUGGACUUUUGGUUUCAUAUCUUUCAUCUGCUGCUAAGACUAUGAUAUCACUAAAUGAUCUACAAUAACUCAAGUAGAACUCGAUCCGCAAGUUUUAACUUUAAAAAUUUCGUUUUCUCGUGCCUUUUUGAUAUCUUGGUUUAACUCGGGUCCUGCUUAGUUUUCUUUUAAAAUAUAAAAAUCUCUCUUUUUAUGAUCCGAGUUUUUCUAGGAUGUUACAGAUCAACAGGCUAAGGGACUGCCGUAGUAUAUUGGACUCCAUGACGAAAACUAAGGUAUUGUACAUUACAUCUGAACCAUAUUGGGAUAGUUCAAUGAUGACUCACACAAGGAACAAGGAUGAAGAGCAAGUUUUUGAGUCAUAUGCAAGCUAUGACACAGAUUCAGCAUCAAAAGAGGAAGAACAAAAGCUCAAAGAAACAGCACAGCAGCCUUUGAUCAAAGGUGGCAAACAGCUGACCUUGCAAAACUUGCCUAGUUCAACCAAGAAGGAUUCAGAAGCCAUGAACGAUGAAUUUGGAAUCUUGGUACUUGGAACAUCAUAUCUUGGUCCAAGGACAUUACUUCACAUCAUUGAAAACCCAUGGAAAUCAAUGGUGAAGGUCACCUACUCAAUAACAACCGCACAGCAGCAUGGGAUUGAAACUGUUGACCAGCAGAGCUAGAUGACUUGUGCUAGAGCAAGCCUAGACUCUUUAGGGAAUUCAAGGGAUAGAAAUGGCAUCUUUACACUUGGAUCUUACCUACCAUGAUUCAAGGUUACCAUUAAAAACCAUUGGAAGAACCCUAGACAAUUGGAUGAAGGUCACCCACUCAACAGCUGGUUCAAACAAAAUAGCAUUGAUCUUCUGACCAGCAUACCUUGUGAGUCAUGUCCAGAUCGUAUCUCUUGACCUAUGGGACCACCAAGGGUAGAAAUGGAAUCUCUACACUAGAAUCUUUCUACCAAGACUCUUAGUGAUCAUUAUCAACCUUUGGAAGGGCACAAGAAAGUGUGUGGAAGGUCACCUGGUCAGCAAGUUGCUGUUAGAAAUCAGAAUGCUUAGUUUAAUGUGUUUUUCAUUCUUUUAAAUGAGCACAUGUUGUGCACGUGUUCCUUUAUGACCGUUAUUAUUAGUUGGACGUGUCAUUAGCCUUCUCAUUGUAUUUCCCUCGUCCCAUAUGUCUAUAAAUAGAUGGCAUUAGCCUUGUAAUAAACAAGUUUAGAUUUGAGAUUUUCAGAAAUAAAGUCAUUGGAGUAUUUCCUUUGUCUCCUUGAAUGUGUAUGAACAUUCAACGAUCUUGAGUAGUGCAAGAUCAGCAUCCUUUUACAACUGAGAGUAGUCCUUGGUUGUACAAAGGGAAUUGUUGGCCUUGGAGGAUUAAAACUCCUAGUCUUUCAAUUCAAGAUUCACCUUACAAAAAUUGUUCUGUUUGUGUGAAUCAUAUCACUGUUUCGUGUGUGUU